UUAUUUGUCAAUUAAGACAAAGAAGGACACUUCCUACCUCUUUCCUCAUCCUUGUGCUCGACCAACCCCUCCAAGGAGAAGAAAAUUGAACUCUCAAAACACUCUCCAUUGCUGCAACUCGAGCUCAAGCCAUAGAGGUCCAAGGAGGAAGAUUUGAGAAGGAAAAAUCUAGGAAAAGUGUGAAUGAUAAAGGAACUUGUAAAGGGUAUUUCAAGUGGUUUCACAAAGUUGGAAAAGUCGCCGGAGUUGUCGCCGGAGUUGACCAAAAGUCGCCGGAGUUUCACCGGAGUUCAACUAAGAAGGGUAGAACUUCAUAACGCUAGUUCAAGGUUGAAGCUAGGGCUUGCCACCUGCACCUUCCUACGGGUGACAUCAAAUCAAGGAAGACGUGGUUCGUGCUUCCUCAUUUUAUUUCAAAUUACCAAACAUUGCUCAUGGAUAUUUUUAUUUGUUAUAAACUAUUCUUUUGGGGCUUGCAUGCCCAUGUUAUUGGCCGGUUGUGGCUUAUGACUUACCGUUGAAUAUUUCCGCUAUUCAUUGGUUUAAAUGUGAUGUUGUUAUGUAUGUUUACUACUGAGUAUGGAUGGAUUAUUUUUCUCGAACGCCUUGUGUAAUCAAGUGAGGUUGACUCGCGGGUGACAUCACUUGAUUUCACGGCGGUUGUACACGCGCUUGGAUUGCGGUCUGGGGCGUGACAAUUAAGUGGUAUCAGAGCCAUCUCAGUUCUAAACUAUAUAAUCAACCUCUCACAAAAGAUUUUACAAAAGAGUUCUUACCGAAAACCAUGAGCAUUGUAUUUUGACGUUUAUAGGACUAUUGGUGCUUAAGUUGCAAGGCCUCUAAUUGUUAAGACGGUACCCUUAACAAUUGGUAUGGUGGUGACUUGGGUCGAUACGUGUCUAUAACGUUUUUCUGUCAAUUGACAUUCAUAGGAGUCUAAAGACUCGUCCAAAUUCCGUUUCAGAAAUGGAGGGUAAGCGAAUGGCAACAAGAAAUGACCCUAAGGGACAAGCGUCGGUAGCUUACCUUGAGGCUAGCCGGGCUGUGUCACGAGCCUUUACGGGGAGAGGAAUAGGCCAUGGGGGCCGUGAGGGCCGCCAAGCGGCAAACGCUAAUCAAGAGGGCUCGAUGUGUAACAUGAACACCAGGAGGAACGAACGUAGGCGUCAGGCGAGGCGAGAUCGGGCCACCUCCCAACGUGAUAUGACUGUCAGCCAAACCCAUCCUUGGGCAAACGACCAAGGAGGAGAAAGCACUCUUACGGCACCGGCAUCACCGGUGAAAAAGAAAAGGAACUCAAAGUGGCACACGUCCUUUCCUUACUCCUUAAGACCAUCCAAAUGUUCUAAUUGCUCUCAGAAACAUUUUGGAAAGUGCAACGAGCCCCCGAUGUGCUACAAAUGUGGGAGCACAACCCAUAUGAAAUUAAGUUGCCCAUGGAGGAGGCAACGAGAGACAUUGCAAGCCGAGGAAGGGCUCACCGUGGAAGGAAACCAUACGGAACCAACGAUGAGCAACGCUACGUCCGUCAAUCAAGGCGGGGCCCAAGCAAGGGUCUACGCAAUGACCGAGGCGGAUGCGAGAGCAAACCCGGACUCCGUUGCAGGUAAACACGUAUUCCCAUGUAUUUCUAGGCUUACUUUGGUCAUAUACGUCGUUGGGAUUGAGUGCGGGCCACCCCGGGGUCAAACCGGGUGAGUUAGGCCGAAUCGGGCUGGAAACAGCCACUGCUGGCCAGGCACGCCCGCAGGCACGCCGUGCCUGGCAUCGUGCCUGGAAGGCAGUGGCACCCGAAGAAGAAGAAAAAAAAAAAAAAAAAAAAAAAUUGGGCCAGGCACGGCCGCAGGCACGCCGUGCCUGGCGUCGUGCCUGGAAGGCAGUGUGUCCGAAGGAAUUUUUGGCCAGGCACGGCCGAAGGCACGCCGUGCCUGGCAUCGUGCCUGGCCGGCAGUGGCAAGCAGGGUGAGAUUGUUGCACGCACGGCCGUGCGUGCCACCCAGGCACGCCGUGCGUGGACCCCCAACACCCGAAAGUUGAUUUUUUCGCCCCGUUCUUCUACGUUUGGACCCCCGUUUGUUUCCAAACAUUAGUAUUAACUUAAUAACCUCCUAAAGAUGUGUAAAAACACUAGAAAAUGUAUCUUACAUGGUGUAUAAAUGUAGGAACAUUAAAGAUCAAUGGUAGGUGUGUGAGGAUCCUCAUCGAUACCGGGGCACAACGCUCAUUCGUGAGUGAGGCGUUCGCCGAGGGCCUUGGCGUGCCAUUGACACCUAUGACGCAAGCGUUGCUAGUCUCCACACCGUUAAGAGACGACGUGGAGAGAGAUCAUUACUAUCCCUCGUGUGAGGUAGAAGUGACGGGUCAACCUUUGACUUGUGAUUUCGUACCUCUGAGCAUGUUGGAGUUCGAUGCAAUCCUAGGAAUGGAUUGGCUCGAGAAACACCAUGCUCGAGUAGAUUGUUACACCAAGGUGUUGGAGCUCGAGGAUGAUCAAGGAAACACGCUAUGUUUCGAAGGAGAUCGGGGAAAAUCUAAUGCUUGUAUCAUAUCCGUGAUGAGAGCACGGAAGAUGAUGAGGAAGGGAUGUCACGCAUACCUUGCUUACGUGGUAGACGAUACGAAGAAAGAAGUCGACAUCAAGGAUGUUCGAGUCGUGUGCAAGUACCCGGACGUCUUUCCCAAGGACCUACCGGGGCUUCCACCCGAUAGGGAGAUUCAAUUUGUAAUCGAAGUGGAGCCGGGGACCAAACCCAAUUCGAUUCCUCCUUAUCGAAUGGCACCGGCCGAACUUCAAGAGUUGAAGGUCCAACUACAAGAACUAUUGGACAACGGGUUCAUCUGACCCAGUCAUUCACCGUGGGGAGCACCCGUACUAUUCGUAAAGAAGAAAGAUGGUACAUUAAGAAUGCGUAUCGACUACCGACAGUUGGACAAGGUCACCAUCAAGAACAGGUAUCCCUUACCGAGGAUUGAUGACUUGUUCGAUCAACUUCGAGGAGCAAUAGUGUUCUCGAAGAUUGACUUGAGGUCGGGGUAUCAUCAGUUGAAGAUCAAGGAGAGUGACAUACCUAAGAGUGCAUUUCGCACUAGAUAUGGUCAUUAUGAAUUCCCGGUGAUGUCGUUUGGUUUAACCAACGCACCGGCGGCAUUCAUGGACUUGAUGAACCGUGUGUUUAGUGAAUACUUAGACCAAUUUGUGAUAGUAUUCAUUGACGAUAUCUUAAUAUACUCCAAGAGCGAGGAGGAGCACGAACAUCAUUUGGGGCUUAUACUUGAUCGGCCAAGGGAAAAGCAACUCUUUGCCAAGUUCUCUAAAUGCGAAUUUUGGCUCAAGGAGAUUGGUUUCCUCGGUCAUGUCAUAUCCGGUUCAGGCGUUGCUGUGGAUAACGCCAAGAUAAAAGCUAUCAUG